CAUAUACAAUACGUCCGUAUCACUACAUUGUAGCUUUAAGUGUCAGGGACAGAACAAAAUGGAUUCGCUUAGAAUCGUUAUUGUUCUAUUUGUGCUAUUGCCAUAUUUGAUAAAAACUGCAAUAUCCGAGUUUGCUGUGUGUGUAACCAAUAUAUCAGGAGUAUAUAAGUGUUGCCAGGACUAUACGAAUAUUUCUGGAACAUGCGAAGCAUGUAUCGGUUCGUGGGGAAAAAACUGUGAUAACAACUGCAGUUAUGGUUAUCAUGGACACGGUUGUCGUACAAAGUGUAACUGUGGUCAUCAGCAGAUAUGCGAUCCAAAACAAGGAUGUAUAGUUUCAACAUCUGAAAUCAGCUCACCUACAAUCAUUGAUGAUAGUAAUAUGAUUAUGGUAUCCUUACUAGCUGUGAGUGGUCUCCUGAUAUUACUGUUGUUUGGUGUUGUCCUUUUUUGUCAUAGAAAAGUGAGAGAGCAAACUAAAUCUUCAAAAAGAUGUUCAGUCACCAACUAUGAAGAUAAAGAAGGACAGGAAGACCCUAUAUAUAAUGAUGUCAGUGAAUCUCGUAUGGUUGGAAACGGCGUUGCUAUAUCGUCAGAUAUUUACGAUUUACCUCCUCACUUCUGUGGAGUGACAUAUUCAACGAAAAACCAACCCAACCAGUUCAAAGCACCAUUAACACGCUCCAGAACGGUGGGUCUAGAAGAAUACGGACAUUGGUACAGAGGUUCUGAUGAUUACAAUCAUAUUAAUUUUAACAGCGUAAAGCAGUUGUCUUCGUAUUCUACUGUAAUGACAAAUGAUUAUGACAUUUUCAAGCCAUCCUCAACAUCCCUUGAAAAUCACUUAAACGAUGGCGAGUGUUGAAACACACAAUUUAAAUAAAAAAAGAAACACUAAAAAGUAGUCAUAAAAGCGUCAUUCAUCAAAACAGAAAAUUAAGUUCUAUGGUCAAUCGUCCAUACAGAUCCGUUAAAUACUUCUGAAACAUCAGAAAAAAAAUGAGUAACGUUAAAGUGAAAAUAAACGAUAUGUUAGUAAUGUAUGUAGAUCAGCCUAAAUACCACAAACACAUCAAAUAUAUAUAAUAAAAAAUUAUGUGUUUUGGUCGAAUUUUUAUUCAUGUUUUUAUAUAUUGUGCUACGGUCAUUUGUUCUGAAAUGGAAAAUUAGAAGAAAAAAAAUAAAGAUUGGUUUGUCUGAUUUUAUACUGGGGUUAAAAAACAACUUCUCUAGCGUAAAGAAUUAAAGAUUAUGUUUAAAAAAUGACUUUCGUUAUUGUCGUUUGAUUUCUUUUUAACAUGACUUUUUUAAGUCCUUUGAUUUCUUUUUAACAUGACUUUUCUUAAACUGCAAAAAAUGACAUUGAAAACUAUUCAAAAGUUUAUAAAUGACAUCCCAUGAUUAUAUAUAGACCGAUAUAUAGACUGUAUGAAGUUUAAGAUUAAGGAUCAAAACAAUUACAAUAAUUCAUAAUGCUCAAACGUAAUCAAUUGCAUGAUCAUUUCGGAAUUAUUCAAAACAGCUUCCACAAUUAACAUCACAUGUAUCACCUAUAAUCGGAUCAUUUACUUUGCAAAUUAAAUUUGUGUCGACUUAAUUUUGGUCAAAGAAGAAUAGUAUGGAUAUUUUCAUUAACGGAAAUGACUGCUGUUAUGUACAGACUUAUGUAUUAAUUAUUUUUACAAAUUUUAGUAAAAUGUGAAGAAAUAUUAAAUUCAUGUAAUACACAAUGUCGUACAUGUAUUAGAAUAUUCCCCACAAUACAUUUAUUUCAAAUUGUUGUUGAAUACAAUUCAAUGCUUUAAAGGACUAUAUCUCUAUGAUUAUUGUAAUUAACGAAUUUGUUAAGGAAACAUCUAUAGUCAAUUUCAAGAAAGGUUAUCUUUACAAAGAUACAUAUGCUAAGUUUAAUAAUGACUUUUAAAGUAAUUCAAACUCAAGAUUUCUGAAUACUUUUAAGACUACUGACUUAUCUUGGCUGACAUUAAAAAUCUAUGUUUAUCAUAAUUUUGUAAUUUUUCAAAGGGUUUUUUUAAGUCCUUUUAGUUAAUUGUGAAUCAAAACUGUUUACAUGUGAAAGAUGUCAGCUUUACAAGAGCGUAUUUAUUCUGCCUUUGAUAGUUUAAUCUUUUUUACCUUGUAAAUUUUAUAAUUACAUCAAAGUACAUUAAAUAAAAAUAAACCUCAUUCAAGCUUUUUUUUUAGUGUGGUCGUGCUUUAAAAGUUUACAUAACUUAUAAGGAAGGAUGCAAAUUGUCAACAAACUAUAGGUUGAAUUAAAUUGGGAGUUUUUGAGCACAUCAUA